AUGGUGCGCCUCCAUCAGCUCCUCUCUCGCGCGCUCGCAUCUCACCAAAUCCUCCCUUCUACCACCUCCAGCGUCCGCUCCACUCCGCGGCUGCUCCUCCCUCUCCGGUCGCUGCCGCCUGCUCCUCCUCCCCACGGUCGUACCCUGCUUCCCAUCAUUGUAGCCGCGUCGCGGCAAUACGCCUCGUCGACCUUCGGGAGGCGAAGGCGCUCGUCGCGGCCGCCGAUGUUGCUGAGGCGGAAGAGAGCGAGGAGGCCGCGGAAGGGCCCUGGCGAGCUCAGCGUGCAAAUUGGCAUAGAGGAGGCCCUCCCCGACGAUCCUGAAAUCCUGAGCAUUGCAGAAACUCUUCGGACAGAUGUUGGGAAGGCAGCGAAGCUGGCCCUCAACGACCUUGAAGGCUCAGAUUACAUCACCAGAGAUCCUUCUAUAUGCAAUGUGAACAAGUAUGCUAGCAUUGAGGUCUCUCUGCUGCUUUGUGAUGAUGGUUUCAUCAGGAAGCUCAACAAGGAAUGGAGGGAUGAGGAUCAUGCUACCGAUGUUCUGUCAAUGUCUCAGCAUAUCCCAGAGCUUGAUAUUCCCAUUCUGCAGUUGGGUGAUAUAGUAAUUUCUGUUGAAACAGCUCGACGGCAAGCAGAAGAAAGGGGUCACACACUUCUUGAUGAGAUAAAAAUUCUCAUGGUGCAUGGGCUAUUGCAUUUAUUGGGCUUUGACCAUGAACUCAGCAAAGUGGCUGAAGAAGAGAUGGAGAAGGAAGAAGAACAUAUGUUAAAUACUCUUGAAUGGAGAGGAAAAGGAUUAAUUAAGAGUGCCUAUGAUAUUGCUACUGGUAUGGAACAUUUACAAAAUUCUAUUGAGGCUGAUAGCAAUAUAGAGAAAGUGAUCCUACAAAAGAAACAUCAACCCAAACUAAGCCAUAUCAUUUGUGAUAUAGAUGGUACUAUUGUGGAUUGUGAAGGAGGCCUGCAUGAAGAAUCAAUAGGAUCUUUGAGAGAGGCAAUUGCAACAGGAGUAAAUAUUAUCAUGGUUACUGAAAAGAGUCGGGCUUCCACCAUUAGAACCUUCAAGCUUCUUGAUUUCCAUGAAAAAGGUGAUUUUAUUUCAGAGACUUCACCUGGUGUAUUUUUGCAGGGUUCACUUGUCUAUGGAAGGGAUGGCGAAGAAGUUUAUAGAGCAGAACUGGAUUUAGAUAUCUGCAAGGAGGCAUUUCUGUACUCCUUGAAGCAUAAAAUUCCUCUUGUCGCGUACUGUGAGGAACAAUGUCUAACCUUGUUUAGACACCCAUUUGUUGACUUGUUGCACACUGUACAUAAUGAAAACAAGGUAAAAGUGAUGCAUUCAAUUGAGGACCUUUUGGAAUGUUCGUCUAUUCAGAAAUUGCUUCUUUUUGACAGUGCCAAAGAGGAUUCAUCUGUCCUAUGGCAGCAUUGUUCAGAACUGACCAAAGGGAAAGCACAUGUUACCAAAAUGCAUCCAAAUACAAUUGAUAUUGUUCCCCUCAAUGCUUCAAAGGGUGGUGGUAUAAGAAUUCUACUUGAUCAUCUUGGAAUAACAAAAGAUUGUGAUCUUGAUGCUGUUGGAGACUAUACCAGAUGGCUGAGCAAUAAAUGA